AUGUUGGGUAGACUGCUUAAUACUGCUGCCGCAACGCUCAACCCAGCGUCAUAUGCCAAUCGAAACUCGAACCAACUCGAGUCUGUGACUGAAGAGGAACACACCUCAGGACUCCUCUUCCCAGACGUGAGCCUUCUUCAGCGAUCCAGGACUCAUGCUUACCCACUGCAGACCAGCUCUGUCUCGCCUAGUCCAUCCUCAGCCGGUAGUUUUGAUGAUAAAGGUGGCUUGGAACUUGAUUCUUCAAAGGAUUUAAGAGUGAUUAUUGCGCAGAACGCCAUAGGAGACCGUGACGACCCAUGCAUUCUUCUCGAUACUCAGGCACCUCUCAAGACUGAAAAACCCACGCGACCACCUCUAGACCGCAUUACUCCAGAAAAGCAACGAUCACGACACACCCGCACCUCAACCCUCCCUCGGAACGGUGGGCGGAUUUCUCAUCAUGCACCGCGUGCCUCGGUCUCCGACCUCCCUCCACUAUCUAGUUUUUCCAACCAAGAUGCUGCAGCAAACAGCGCCUUUUUCCGUGCACGAAAUCGAAGGUCCACAUUCUCUAACGCUGUGGGAGAUGAUGACCAGCAGCAUGGUCGUCUAUCUGGGGAUUCUAAUGAACUCGGAUUGCUGAAUUGCAUUUUCGGAAGCAGCGCGUUUAGCUAUCGUGGGCCUUCGACUAAGAUGCAUAUUGUUCCAGCAGACGAAAAGAAACCCGCUGAGAAUGCUGACCCUCCUCCUUCUGACCCCUACCAGCGGACCCUUCGUCGUGCGGAUACGUUUAGUGGCUCGCCAAGGAGUGUCAGUCAGACUCGUGAGCGAUUUAGCAGUGACGGUUCCAGGUCUUCUUCUGGCUCCUCUUCAUCUUCACAUGUCACUGUACUCGUGACGAGAAUGUUCAGCGUCAAUUUGCCUGAAUCAUACGGCAUGCCAGUCGACGCUUCAAUGCACAGUUCAGCAACUCCGUCGUCGCCUUAUAAUCCAGAAUUCAAGUUCUCGCCUGGUGCCAAAUCUAAAAAGAUCAAAGAAAAGAAGACUCCGAUGUAUGCUGUCGCAAUAACUGUUCGGCUUCCCAUAACAGCGAAGACUAGUGCUCGUCAGCAACGAAAUCCUUAUCUUCAAGACCCAGCUAAGCCUUGUGCCGGAAUGUCGGUUUCCCUUGAUUCUCAUCCAAAAUGGUCUUUAUUUGACGAGGCGUCCGUAUCAACCGCUGGGUCAAGCAUAGAUGACAGAAUCGACUUACUCGUGGAUUAUUGGGACGUAAUUGCACGAACAUUGUCACGGCUUGAGAAACUUGCAAGCAAAGAGAUUCUGGAACUUUUAAAACAAACUGUUCAGCAUACAACAAAUUUGCCGAAGCCGGCAAAAGGGCCAAAUAUGCAAAGGACUAACCAGACAAUUGUACAACUUGUACCCAACUGCCUAGCGCAGAACAAGUUACUCCGAGAAGAGGCCCUCCAUGCUACGUUCAGGGUGUGCAUGGCUCUUAGGAUACCUCCAGUUAUUUCAGGCCAGAGCCGCUGGGGUGUUUGGAGGGAAGAGGCCCGGUGGAUCGCGAGGAGCUUAAGUGAGAAGGAGCACAAUUUCUUCUUUCUAGUCCUCAUCACAGCGUUCCUAGGUAACCAUACAGAAUGGCUGAGCCUGCUCGGUCCUGACUGGUAUCGACGUCGCCAUUUUCUUCAACAGCGGGCUCAACAGGACAGUGAAUUAAGCAUCUGCAAUAGAACAGUAAUCAUUUCGUCUGAUAAAAUGGCUGCAAGGCGCUUGAUAUUUGUGCUCUCCGCUUUCCUACCGCCUCAGCAACGCGCAGAUCCAUUGGCCUCACCUUUGCGACCGAGUACAUCAACAUCCUUCCGCCAAACGUCUCAAAGUCCCCCGAAUCCAACCAUGCUUCGACAAGAAUCACUGCGUCGAACUAUAAACCGUCGCGCUCGAACACGUCAAUUCCCUCACGAGCGCAGCGCAGGCAAACGGUCUGCCAGCGUUUCUUCCAAUGAAACAUCUAACAUAGUUCCCGAUGAGCUGGAGUUUAGUAAAUCUCCGAUCAAUCAAGGACGACGUGGCUCUGAUGCCCGAUCCAUGAGAACAUCAAGUUUGUCCAUCCCACCCGGAGGCGUUGCUGGACCAAUGAAAAGUGGCACGGCAUCCGCAGCAACAGCUGCACCUGGCACUGCAACUCCAGUCCCACACUUUGCUUCCCAGCCAAGGAAACAGUACGGUGCUCGCCAUGAAUUGCAAGAUAGUACGGGAUCUGCCUCUGCAAACCUAUUACUGAAUUUGCAGAAAAGCGAGAUAUCAGCCAAUGUUGACCAGAAUCAAAGUAAAUGGGGAAACAUCCUUUCCGGGUUUUGGAACUCGCGGGAUGAUGCUCCAGCAAAUGGAGGUGCUUCCAGAGCUCGAAGAGCAUCAACUCAAGCGUUUGAAACUAAACGUCAGCUACCUGUCGUGGCAACUAACGUAAAACAGAAUGGAAGUGCGAUUCCGGACAAUGUAUCCGCGACAAUGAGUGAUACGAUAUCCAUACCCACUUCCUCCCUAACACAAACGGAUAGCAAAGAAGAUGCUCCUACUCUGGAGAGUCGGCAACCCACAUCGCCUGUCAAACUCUGUGUAAAACCGGGUGAAGGCAUUGUUGAUGUUGAGGUCCCGUUGCCCGGAUUCAUGUCUCUUUCGUCAUCAAAUGAUUCCACGUUAACGUCACCCAAGAAGACCCGGACGUCAAUCACAAGUAUUGAUUGCGAUGGCUCUUUCCACAGCACUAGCCCAUGGUCUCAUUAUAAUUACAAAGACUGGGAUGGCCCUAGCGUCAACGUUGCCGGUUGGCUUAAGUACUAUCAUGAAGAUUUUGCUCUCCAAGCUGUGCACCCAUACCCUGACCUAGAAUCUUCCAUCAAACGCUCCAUGUCUGCCGAGCCUACACCCAACCUUGCAAACUUUGGCCAGCCGUCAUAUUUUGAUGGUGGCUCUGAACGAUGGGUUGACGUCUGCUCCACCCUCAUAGCCGAUGCGAGGACAUUCACUAUCAAAAGAAUUCGCCUUCGCCGCAAGGUAGCGACUAUUGAUGAUCGGACCACAGAUUAUUCGCACACACCUUCUCCCCAAUUUUCUUACCAACCGUUUGGCACCCAAGUUGACAGUUCAGAUACUACACCAACACCCACUCUGCGAAAAUCUCAGCCAUGUACCGUGGAAGAAGAAUUUAUCGAGGAGCCAGUCAUGGACCUAGAUGCAACGCUUGUCGAUGCCGUUGAACGGGUUCUAGCCUGCUCCGGCCCUACAUCUGCUAUCCAUUCCCGUGCUCCCUCCCCAAGCCGUCUUCGUAAAGGGCGUAUUAGCGUGCUGCCCACGGACGACAGCAGGAGAUACAAUGAUACCAGUAACCGGACCGAUGUUCCUUCUGUCGAGAUUCCACGAAACGAAUGUCGUCGUAUGGUUCUUGGUGCCCUUGAUGAGGUCGUACGCAGUGUUGCGGCUGAACACCGCCAAGAAGAGUCAAAUAUCGGCCCAGAUACGCCUGCAGGGUUCCCAAAGAAUAACCACAAGAAAUUUGGUGGUAUUGCUGAUAACACUCUGAGAGAGGGUAUACGUAAGUGGCUCCAAGAUAUUGACGAAUCUUGCUGA